GCUGAGCAGACAGACCUGCAGUUCUGUGGCUGAGAUUUCGGACUUUUAUUCGGAAUUACAACCCUUGCUUCCACAAGUGGAUUAUUUUGGAGACUCUUGGAUCAUACCUGCCUCCCCAGGUGCUACGUGGACUUGUUUCAGAGUUUCCCAGCUUCUGAAAGCAAGACCGCCAACACACACCAGCUACACAAACAGAGCACACACACACACACAUUUUUUGCAUUGUUUAUCGUUCUAGUUGAUAUUGUGUUUGUUCAAAUUUCACACUUUUACACUGCAUUGUGUUUGCCUGUGAAAUAACCGUGUUUUGGAGUGUUUUUUUCUGAAGUGUUUCCAGGUUGCUGACGAGAUGCCGAAGAAGGGAAAGCGUUCGAGGGCGCAGAAGCUGCGCUGGAGCAAGCCGGACGAGGCGACCCAGCCGGAGACGCCACCGCCAGCCCAGCCGUUCGGGACCCAGAGGGAUGGAGCCAGCCCCUCCCAGUCUCCUGCCCAGAAGAUGAAGAAGCUGUGGACCCCUCUGCCGAUCUCACCCUCCUGCUCCCGUUACCAGCCUGGAAGGGUGUCCCCCUCUGACUUCCGCCCAGGCCACGGUACGGGUCACCGCCAUCGCGUGCUGAAGUGGGACAAGUCCACCUUCACUCCCCAUUUCCGGAAGUUGGUUGUCCCAGCGGAGUCACCUGACAAGAAGUUCGUCCUGCUUGUUGGUGACUCCCACCUUCGGCCCAUCGCGGACGGGUUGGUGGGACUGCCGGACCGACGUCUGUCCUGUGGCGUCCUGUCUGUCCCUGGGGCGUCGGCACUUGAGUUGCGUACUGAGGUGCUGAAUGCUGUACUGCCUCGCUCACCCGAGGCAGUCUGCAUUUUGGCACCCAGUAACGACUUGAGUGCCAGCGGGACCGUCACUCAGGCAGGAGUCGCGUUUGGUAAGCUCCUGCUGACUGCCUGUUCUACCUGGCCCAACGUGUGUGUUUUGGACUUCCCUCGCCGUCUCACCGUAGACCUCGACCUGCAGGAGCUUCUGAGCCAGGAAUACCACCGUGUGGCUGCACGUAUGGGUGUCAGGUACGUCUCUGCCACCCACUACUUUCCGCUGACACAACUGGACCUGUGGUGUCCUGACGGUGUCCAUCUCAGCAAGGAGGGCGGGAUGGAGAGGCUUGCGGAGUUGCUGUGGUGGACCCUCCACCACCAGCUGGAGCCCACAGUCCCGAGGGUCCAGACGCCUCCGAGGAUGUCGCCUCCUGCCAGACGUGUCGUCCCGAGGGCCCAGACUUCUCCCAGGACGUCGCCUCCUGCCAGACGUGUCGUCCCGAGGGCCCAGACUUCUCCCAGGACGUCGCCUCCUGCCAGACGUGUCGUCCCGAGGACCCAGACUUCUCCCAGGACGUCGCCUCCUGCCAGACGUGUCUCACCAAAAGUGGUUGUGAAGGGCGUGGUCACCGCGCCACGUCCAUCCAGCCCUUUGGAGCAGACACGUGUUCUGUCUUCACAGGUGGAUGUGGGGGUGGAUCCGAUCCCGCUAAAUCCUGUGUGGUUUAGUCCGGCGAUCCUGGAUGAGAUGGAGAAGGCCGUUCCGGCCCACCUUCCCAGCGCAGCGGAGUGCGCAGCUCGUCCGGACGGCAGGAAGCAGAAGUCGACCGUGGAGCGCCGAGAGAGACGCGUCGCCUCCAAGAGGACCCGGGAGAAGCAACAGGUGGAGGCACCAGCCGUGGAGGUGUCCUCCAAGCCAGCGCCUUGCAGUCCUAGGAGAGUGGUGGUGGAGCCUGGUGCGUCUGACCCUGCCCAGCCCCAGGAGUCCACCUUCCAGGAACAUCCCAGCCAGGAUCCUGCCGUCGGUCCGAGCCAUCGCACUCAAUCUGUGAGGGCGUCGCAUUCUCAGAAGGACGGGAGGUAUGGAACCUUUUCUCGCAAUCACCAGUGUACCUGCAUGGCUCUGACCUUUCUCGCCUACCACCAGGAGGGGGUGGAUUUUGACAUGGUCUCACUUGAUAGAGUGCUUGAACAGGGGAAUGCACUCUAUGUAGGUAUCAAAGAACAGUUGAAGGCGGACAAAAGGUUCAAAAGCAACCACUUGACCAUAGAGGAGAUGCCGAAACAGGUUUUCACCGAUUCGGAUACCUACAAUGUUCAGUUGGACAUGUCGGACUUGAGGGUUGGUCUCUUGAAGGCUGUAGACGGCAGCCCUCGAAGCAGGAGAGGACUGUGCCUUCGUGAACAGCUGAAGAGCCUCUCUCAAGGUGUCAACCUUGCUUUUCUCAUUGUCAUGCCUGAGUGCAUUGCAGUGUUCCGUGACCGGUCCGGACGCUACGGGUUUUUUGAUUCCCACUCAAG